AUCUCUUCUUUCAAUUUCUCUGCUUUUGUUGUUGAAAAUUAGGGUUUUUUUACAGACUUUCAGUUGUGCUCACACUCUCGCUCUGGUGGGUCCGGAUUUGGGGGGCUUCAAAUGCCUGCAAAAUCUUAUGCGGAAUCAUGGUGUGUGAAUCCUAGGGAGUGCUGGGGAGCUCGUUGUUUUGGGAGAUUUAGGGGUAGGUUUCAGUUUGGAUUGGUACUCUGAUUGGUUCUGAGAUGGCGCCCAGCAGAAGAAAAGGCGCCUCCAAAGCUGCUACUGCUGCUGCUGCCGCCGCCGCCGCUCGCCGCCAGUGGAAGGUCGGUGAUCUUGUCCUUGCUAAAGUCAAAGGCUUUCCUGCUUGGCCUGCUACGGUAAGUGAACCGGAGAAAUGGGGAUAUUCAUCUGAUUGGAAGAAAGUACUCGUUUACUUUUUUGGAACAAAGCAAAUAGCUUUCUGUAAUCCUGCUGAUGUUGAGCCUUUUACGGAAGAGAAGAAACAAUCACUUCUAGUGAAACGCCAAGGGAGGGGUGCAGAUUUUGUUCGUGCAGUGCAGGAGAUUGUUGACUGUUAUGAGAAGUUAAAGAAGCAGGAUCUGGUUGAUGAUUCCAACUCUGGUGAUGUAGUUACUCUGGCAAAUGGUGCAAAUUCAUUGGACUCAUCUGGGUCAAAGGAUCUGAUUGAUACUUCUGAGGCAAUGCUAGAUUUGAAAAUUUCAAAUUCUAUUACCGCAGGAAAUGAUCCAAGUCUUCCAACUGAGGAUGCUUCAUCUGGGGAAAAGAUGGAUGAUUUAUGUGAUAGAGAAUCAAUACCAGUGCAACCUGCUGAUCAUUUGUUGGUUAAAGAAAAACCUACUUUGGCUACCUACUCAUCCAGAAAAAGAUAUGGUGGCUUACAGUCACAAAAAUCUGUUGCACAGCGGAAGGCACCAUCUGUCCAAAGGACUAUAAACUCAUCAAGGUUGGAAUCAUCUAAAUUCCAAAACUCUGUCAUGUCAUAUAAUGAUGGUAGUAGUGAUGAUAAUGGUUCUGAAAUUGCCACUGUUGAAUCUGAUACAGUUAGUUUAGAUGACAGCAGCACAAUUGAUUCUCACUGUAUACUUGAAUGCUCAGAGUCUGUUGUUGGGUGUUUGGAGGGAGAUGCUGAGCUGAACAAAGCACUUAAUUUCCAAACAAAGGCUAUUGUUGUUAAGAAGAAAAGGAAACCAAACAGAAAGCGUGUGGCUAUGGCUAAUGAUCCUUCUGAGCCUACCACUAGAGGUGAAGUAGAAGCUGAUCUGAAGGUAGAAAUGCAUAAUACUAGGCAAACUUCACAGAACACUAGUGAUAGUUUGAAUGUAAAAUACUGCAGAGAAGAUGGAGAUGAGCACCUUCCUUUAGUAAAACGUGCUAGGGUACGAAUGGGCAGACUAUCAUCGGCAGAUGACUCCAAUUGUCUUUCAAGGGUUGAAGAAAACACUUUCAAUGGAGUUGCAGUUGAUUCAUUGAGGCAGAUCAGUUCAUCAUCAAACUGUCAUGCUGGUAGUCCCACUGAUGGAGACCCUAUAGAGGCAAAGGGAGAUUUGGUUAUUGAGUCACCUUCAAAAAUUGUUACUCAAGUUUCAGGAGAUAUACCACAACCCUUGAAAGAUUCAAGAAAUCAGUUUGGCUGUUCAGCUGAUGGUGAAGCUGCUUUACCUCCAUCAAAACGCCUCCACCGUGCUCUUGAGGCUAUGUCUGCUAAUGCUGCAGAAGAAGGCAAAGCUUGUGAUGAACCUUCAGCAACCUUGAACACUCUAGUUGAUGGCUGUUGUGACUCUCCAGUUGGGGUAUGUUCUAAAAUGGAUGCUGUAGAGAAAGAUGCUAGCAAUUUGGAACUUGAAGGUGUGGACUCACUUGGAAAUGGUGCAUCUGCGUUUGUUUCCACAUCAAACUCAACACUUUUGGACAAGCCUAUUAAAUCUUCCAUGAAAGCAGCCACCUGCAAUCAACCUGCCAGUCCAGAUAAUAAAAAUCAUGAAUGCUGUACGGAUGUCAUUUUGGAUACCUGGGAUCAAAAUGGUGGUGAAAAUAAUAGUUGGCCACUCAUUGAUACUUUUACUGUUCAACAUGUGGAACAAACCCAACACUUAGACCGAUUGUCCCCUAAUCUUGGAAAAGAGCAGGCUUGCUUCAGAUCUAAUACUGAUUCUUUGGAUCAGCAGUUGCUUUCAAAAGAUUGUAAUAAUGCUGAAAAUAUUGAUUCAAGCAAUCCUAGGUCUGAAAAUAUUGAUGAUCAACUUGAUAAUUCAAAACAUAUCAAGAUAAGUCCUGAUCCUUCUGGCUUAGUGCCCAACAAAACUCUUGAAAUUCCUGAUCAAGAUGGUGCAAAUGUGCCUCAGCAUGCUGCUGAAUAUUCUUGUUACACGAAUAAUGAGUCAUUUAAGUCUCAAAUAGAUGAGAGCACCUUAGUUAAUGACAUGCAUGAGGUAAUGGAAGAUGUCCAUUGCAAGGAAAAGAAAAUUAAUAGUUCUGCCUUGAUCUCUGAUGGCCAUUUAAGUGACAAAGAUGGCUUAGGCAUCCAGUUAAGUCCGCCUUCAACUGACGGAGUGGAUUCUGUUGCUAGGGUUUCUCCCCUCAAUAUCUCAAUUGGCGACAUGUCUACCUCAGAGAGUGCUAAUAUUAUUCAAGAGAAUGGAUGCUGUAGUCCCAAUGUCCACUCUCAUCAGAAUAAAACAUUCUGUGCUACAACUGCUUAUGAUGAAGGAAAAACUGAAUCUGCAGGCUCUGACAGGCCAAGAUCUGUCAGCAAGUGCAAUAAUUAUGCAGAAGUGCAUGCUGCUCUGUCAUCCUUUGAGAAUAUGCUAGGAACCUUAACAAGGGCAAAGGAAAGUAUUCUUCGUGCGACACGAAUAGCAAUUGACUGUGCCAAAUUUGGGGUUUCUGCUAAGGUUGUAGAGAUUUUGGCUCGUCAUUUGGAAUGUGAGUCAAGCCUAAAGAGAAGGGUAGACUUGUUCUUUCUUGUGGAUUCCAUUACUCAGUACUCCCGAGGUUUGAAAGGUGAUUUUGGGAGUAUAUACCCUUCAGCCAUUCAAGCGGAACUGCCACGCCUACUCUCUGCUGCGGCUCCUCCUGGAUCUAUUGCACAUGAUAAUCGAAGGCAGUGCCUAAAGGUUUUGAGAGUUUGGAUGGAAAGAAAAAUUCUUCCAGAGUCUGUUAUUCGCCAACAUAUACGAGAAAUUGAUUCACUUUCUCGCCGCUCAGCAAGAACGGAGAGGGCCUUUGAUGAUCCUGUAAGAGAGAUGGAGGGUAUGCUUGUGGAUGAAUAUGGCAGCAAUUCAAGUUUUCAGCUUCCUGGAUUUUGUAUGCCAUGCAUGCUCAAGGAUGAGAAUGAAGGAAGUGAUUCUGAUGAAGAGCGUUUUGAGGCAGUCACUCCUGAACACUAUUCUGUAACUCCUGAAGAACAAGAAGUAAGCUCUUCAAUUGAGAAGCAUAGACAUAUUUUGGAAGACGUUGAUGGUGAACUUGAAAUGGAGGAUGUUGCUCCUUGUGAAGUUGAAAUGAGUUCAACCUGCAGUGUUGCUGGAGUUAGUAUUGCACAAACUUUGCAGGACCAAUCUGUGCAGCAUUAUCAUUUGCCCCUCACUCCUCCUUUGCCACAUGAUGUCCCUCCAUCAUCACCACCACCAUUGCCAUCAUCUCCACCCCCGCCUCCACCUUCUUCACCACCCCCGCCGCCUCCUCCCCCUGUCAUUGCUCCAUGUCCAAUGUCUGGUUCUUCCUACACUAAUGGUGUUGACUCAAGGAUUUAUAAUGUGCAAGAUGAAUUGCGGCAGCCGAUGGCCCCGUCUGUUCCUCCUAGAGUGGAUUCAACAUUGUGCACCAAUGCAGUGCCUUAUCAAGGCCCCGAAUCUGCGGAUUUUCAUGUCACAAGCCAGGUUUCUGACUGCAAUAACUCUUACAAUAGUUACCCAGCUCGUCCAUUGAGCAAUAUGCAACAAAUUGAUGGUCCUAGCUUUCAUCACAAGGCAUACCCACCAUGUCCUCCUUAUCAUGCACCAUCAGAUCAGUUUUCAUUCGUUCACACAGGCCAACAUAUGAAAUCUCAGAGGGAGGCCCCUCCUCCCUCAUAUUCCAAUAGAUUUCAUCAUUCACCACAUGGUGAAGGCAGAAAUUUUUACAGUAGCCACGAGAGAAUGAAACCAGUCCCAUAUGGACGUAGAGAGAGCUGGAGGGGUCCUGCACCCUCCUUUUCUGGCCCAUGUUAUCCUGACAGAGAUAGAGCGUCCUAUGGACCUAGUUCAUAUGGUCACCCGCCAUGUGAACCAGCAAGAUUUCCUAACCAAGGCUGGGGUUAUCCACCUCGUGACAUGAAUCACAGAAAUUCCUUCCCUAUGAGACCACCUCCCGAAGGGGCUGUUCCAGUGGGGUCAAGAGCUCCAAGCAUGUGGUGGCCAAGAUGAAGAUAGUAUACCAUACCUACAACCGUUGGUAUGUUUUUUUUCAUGGUUCCCUUUAACUAUCUUGUCCAACUGUAUACAUUGCAAGGAACAUAUCUUCUGUGAGGCGUGGAGUCAUAGACCAGCAACAUAUCUUCUGUUAUGUGUGGAGUCAUGGACCAACAAGUUGCCUGGUUUGUAAAUAUGUGUUGUAUCAUUUCUUCAGCAAAAGUGGAGUAGUUAGAGGGUUAGAGAUUGGGGGAGAGCUUUAUCUAACACUAGGUUGUCAUGUAUCAUUUUUUGUUCUCCAUGAUUGCGUUUUUAGUAUAAUUAAUUUCCUGGGAAUUCCAAUUAGGAACUCAGGCUAAAUUUUUUUACCAGGAGUUAAUCUUAGAUACCUUUUUGUGAAUGUAAACAGUCCUUUUUGAUAAUACAGUGCAGAAAUUCAU